UUUUUAUAAUUCUAAAUAUUAUGUUACUUUUUCAAAGGUAGUUUGUAGCGUAUCCGUUACUUUAAAGGGACAUCAAGUGUUCAUUCAGACUUCAAUUCAAGAACUCAAAAAGAGAUUAAUUAGCAAUGGAAGCCCUCUUUCUAAACUCUGUAAUUGCAAUAGCUACCAUCUUUGCCUUGUUCUUUUUUUUAUUUACAUCAGCUUUUAGUAAGAAAAGCUUCAGCAAGAAGAUAAAAGCUCCAGAAGUUAGCGGUGCAAGGCCUUUCCUAGGCCACCUUCACCUGUUAGGUGGCCGGAAACCAGCCUACAUCACAUUGGGUGACUUGGCUGACACGUACGGACCAAUCUUCACCAUCAGGCUCGGCAUAAAACCAGCUCUAGUAAUAAGCAGUUGGGAGAUUGCUAAAGAGUGUUUCACCACCAACGAUAAAGCAUUCGUCAACCGUCCAAGAUCUCUUGCUGCAGAACUCCUGGGUUACAACUACGCCAUGUUUGGGUUCAGCCCUUACGGUCCCUACUGGCGUCACGUUCGCAAGAUAGCGACGCUUGAGUUACUCUCAAACCACCGUUUGGAGAAGCUCAAACAUAUUCGAGAGUCCGAGAUUAGAACAUUUAUCAAGCAACUUUACGAGUUAGUGGUAAAGGGGGGAAGGAAUAAUAAUAGUUCAGAGAAGGUGGUUGUGGAGAUGAAGAAAUCGUUUUGGACCUUGAACAUUAACACAGUUUUCAAGAUGGUUAUAGGAAAGAGAUACUCAGAGGUUGAAAAUUCACACGGGAAAGAGGAGAAUGAGCGACGCAGGAAAGCCGUAAGGGCUUUAUUUGAAUUGACCGGGACGUUCACGGUUGCGGACUCGCUGCCAUUCCUAAGGUGGCUGGAUUUAGGAGGACAUGAGAAGGCCAUGAAGAAGACGGCAAAAGAACUGGAUCAACUGCUUGAAGAAUGCUUAGAGGAGCAUAAGCAGAAGAUAAAUUCAUCAGGCAAAAUGGAUGGUGAACAUGACAACUUCAUGGACAUGAUGUUGUCCCUUCUUGUAGAUGCUGCAGAUUUAUCUAGUUAUGAUGCUGAUACAAUCAACAAAGCUACCUGCAUGGCGAUAAUUUUAGGUGGAACAGAUACCACAACAGUCACGAUAACAUGGGCUAUCUCCUUACUUCUUAACCAUCGGGAUAUCUUGAAAAAGGCCCAACAUGAAUUAGACACCUACGUUGGUAAAGACAGGCUAGUGCAAGAAUCAGACAUCAAGAACUUGGUCUACCUCCAAGCUGUCGUCGAGGAAACAAUGCGCUUAUACCCAGCUGCCCCUCUGUCUGUGCCACAUGAAUCUAUUGAGGACUGCAUCACCGGUGGCUACUACAUUCCGGCAGGCACACGCCUUCUAAUAAAUCUUUCCAAGCUUCAGCGAGAUCCCAAAGUGUGGUCCAAUCCAGACGAGUUUCAGCCAGAAAGGUUUCUUACAACCCACAAGGACGUUGACGUUAGGGGACAAAACUAUGAAUUGAUUCCAUUUGGUAGCGGUCGAAGAAUUUGUCCUGGAAUUUCUUUUGCAGUUCAAGUUUUACAACUCAGCCUUGUUAAUUUGCUGCAAGCGUUUGAAAUUACAACCCCAUUAGAUCAGCCAGUCGACAUGGUUGGGGGAGCGGGUUUGACUAAUCUCAAAGCCACACCCCUUGAAGUCAUUCUUACACCUCGACUUCCUCCUCAUCUGUACGAAUAAAUUUAUACUUGUUUGUCUAAAUAAUUUUCCUGGCUUACGAGUUGGGCAUAUAGAUGAUAUUGUGGAUGUCGAACUUAUAAAUCUCCGUGAUAGUUCUGUUAUCAUGGUUUUUUUUUUUUUUUACUAGAUGUUUGAAUGAUAAUUGAGUAAUUGGUAUUUGGGAGCUUAGAUGAUAUGAAUUGUUUCUUUAACUUUAUGGAAAUUUAUUUGUAGAGACUAGAGAGUGAAAUCAAAUUGGAAA